AUGGCCGGCACUCAAGCGGACACCAAUCUGCUUGCGGCCGCAUUCCCGGACCUCUCGCUCGGCUUGGAACCAUCCGCGCUCAAGUACCAGGAUGGCAACGUCGUCAUCCGGCUCUCGGAGAGUCGCGAGAUCUUGCACCCGUCUACCGGCGAGAGUGUCACGGUCUUCGACUACAAGCUGGCGUACGAUGAGGAGACGUUCAUCCUGACCGACGAGCCGAUAAGGGUGACUCCGCGCCGUCAACCGUCCAAGAAGUCCGAUCUCGUGGAAUCAACUAUGCCUGCGCUUUCCAUUGCAAGCAUCGCAGCGAAGUCGCGGAAAUUUAGGGAGCAGAGUGUCUACAUGCACAAGCUAAUGUUCUCGCUCCUGUUCCAACAACCCUUCGAUCUCGGCUUGGACGAAGAUGGCUACGAGGGCAGAGAGGCUGAGCUCAUAACCGUCGUCGAAAUCCGUGCUUUGGCGGACUACUACGAGUUCCUCCCCAGCAUUGCUCGGUCUCUCGGCUCACUCUUCGAGGAUUUCCACGGGCUCUGGAAAGAGGUUCGCGACCGUCCCAGCUUCUUCCUGCGUUUAUUGGUCAAGCUCCGCCACGAAAACAUCUUUGCUGAAGCUCUUCGUCACGUCGUUGGCCAGAUGACGGUGGCUGGCGGUAUCCGCUACCACACGAACUUCUCUCCAGACGUCAGCUGCGUGAUUUUGGAGAAGUCUGCUUUGCUCCACGAUCACAUGCGCGAGGUCGAGGACAAACUGCGCAAACUUGCUCUCUUCGAGUACCAGUCGAACGCUCACAAGAGCUGCAAGUUCAAAGGUCCGAAGGUCCGUACAACCAUGCUCUUGACGGAUACCGUGCCAAAGGAUCCCAGCAGCAGGUGUCACUGGUUGGCGAAGUCGAUCUUCCGCGAGACACUGGAUCACAACAUGCACGGGACGGCGCACUGGAACUAUAUUGUUUAUGGCGAAAGCGGCAAGAAGAUGAAGUUGAGGGCUUGUGGGGAUGUUCGAGCGGGCUCUCUGCGUAUUGCGUGUGAGGCCAUCUUGCAGGCUCACAAGGAGGGAAAGUCGACCAGUCUCUUCGGGAAGAAAGCGGCAGAGAAGUUCACGCACAUCUAUCAGCUGCCGCCCGAUGCUCCGAAACAGAUUGCUGGGAGCUUGAGGUCGCUGGCGCGCAGGGCUGCCGAGAUUAUCGAGAACGGACUCCCUCCACGCCCGGAAGACCGCCACGCCUACCACCAUCGCUGUGAUUGUAGCCGCUGCGAGGAGUACACAGAGCGUGAGAAGCUCAUGAAGUGUGCGGAGAGCAGCGACGACACUUCGAAGACGGAAGAGACGGAAGAUGAGAGUGUCGAGCAGGACCUGGGAAGCGUGGAAGACGGUGAGGUCGAUGGAGAGGACGAGAUUGACGACUCUUUCUUCAAAGACCACGCUUACACCAGAAUGCACGCCAAUCUCAACGCUAAGCUGGACUACUUCACGUACAUGCCGGUGACGGAGGAGGACAUGCCGUGGGCGAAGGAGAAGGGUUGGCCGAAGUUGGAGGUGCUGGAGCUGAAGUAUGCUUCAGAAGAGUGGAUCAGGGCGGUGGUGUCGACGGAGUAG